AUGGACCCGCCUCCAGCCGGGGCCGAAACGGGCCAAUCAGGAGGCGGGACGGGGACGAGCCUCCAGCAGGGGGCUCGUGUUUCCCACUACACAGCCGGACCGUCUAACGCCAAGACCGGAACCGACCCCCCCACCCCCACCCCCAACCUGGACCGGGACCUCGUUCUCCUGCACGGGAUGGUGGACAAAUCCCCGGGGAGUGAGGAGUCUUUCAGUGGCUGUCCACAGGGUUAUCCGCUGUCCGACAUGGUUACGGACCUGGGCUCCUACCACACGAUGCCCUCGCCGUUUUCGGAGGACGACUCCAGCCAGUCGUCCAGCCCCCGGUCCUGCUCCAGCCCCCGGUCCUGCUCCAGCCCGGACCCGCAGCUGCUGGGGUCCAGCUGCGGAAGUUCCUGCAGCGCUGAGAGCAGCGACAGCCUUCUGGACCGCCUGCUGGCCCAGGCCUCGCUGACCGGUGCCCCAACCGCAUCCUCGGGAUCUGUAGCACCACUCCCCGCCUUUCUGGGGGACUCACAGGAAAAUGGGCCUUUCAAACAGGAACCGUUAAGGGAGGGGAACUUUGACUUCCUCACUUGGACCCAUGUGGAGGCUGAGGAACAGCUAGGAGGAUCAUUCCAGCCCACUCUAGAAGAGAUCGAGGAAUUCCUGGAGGAGAAUAUGGAGAUGGUGACGAUUAAGCAAGAGAUCCAGGAGAGUUGCUUGGGACUGAGAGUUGGAGCAAAGGAAAGUGGUGACCUGGAGGGUGGUCAAGAGGGGUUCAGGAAGGCUCCUCCUGAACUUAAGCUAGAACCUGAGGCCAGGUAUUCAGACCAGACUGUUCCUACUGCCAGCACCUCCAGUCUGGACUCUGCUGCCCCCGGUGAGACCAAAACAGAAUUACAUAACCAUGUCCGUGUGCGUGUGCCAAACACGGGGGACAGGAAAGUCCCCACCGACAGACCAUCAGCAGCAGACACGGGGGGAGACGCUAAUGGGAUGCCGGUCAUCUUACAGAUCCAGCCAGUCCAGGUGAAGCAAGAACCCCCCAGAGCAAAUCUCACCCCGGUGACCUCAGAUAUUAAGAUCGCACAGCUCCUGGUCAGCAUCCAGGGUCAGACCUUCGCCCUGGUGCCACAUGUAUUGCCCUCCCCCUGCCUGAACUUCUCCUCCAAGUUCGUGCGCAUUGCGCCGGUCCCUAUCGCAGCCAGACCUCUGGGUCUCAGGGACAGCCUGGCGAGCCAGGCACCGGGGGUCCUCGCAGAGGGGCAGAGGUUCCAGAAGAACCCGGUGGCGGACCUUAUCAAGAUGCACAAGUGCACUCUCCCUGGUUGCGGUAAGAUGUACACGAAGAGCAGCCACCUGAAGGCCCACCUGAGGAGGCACACCGGGGAGAAGCCUUUCGCCUGUAGCUGGCAGGGCUGUGGAUGGAGAACUGGUUUACACAUGCAGGACGACCCAACCAGUGACGGGGACCUGGCCUUCCAGCUCAGCUCCCAGCCGUCCAGUUCCCACUCCCAGCUCACCGUAGACCUACCCGUAAACAUCUUACAGGAGCCCACGGUGAUGGCGGAAGACGACAACGGUUCUGACAACUCCCAGUUCACAGGAAGCACAAUCAACCUCCAGGACCUGGAGUGA